AAAAGCAAGAAAGCAGUGGUGCGCCCUGUUGAGUUGUUGACUUGUUGAGGCGAAGAAGCAUCAGCAGCUGCCCAUGGCUGGCAUAGAAGGGAUGGUCAUCUCGGCGGUCGUGAAGCAGGCCAUCCGGGGUCUCGCGGCGGCCGCCGGGAGCCCGAUGGCAAAGCUGUGGGGGAGCUGCAAGAAAGACCUGGAGGAGAUGCGGGGCACCCUUACUCUGCUUGAGGCCGCCCUAAGGGACGCCGAGCGACGGUCCGGGGCCGAGGAGGCGGCGCGCGUGUGGCUGCGCCAGCUCAAGGCCGUCGCGCGCGAAAUCUCCUCAGCUCUCGACAAAGCCCCGCCGUCGCCGUGGAAGGUUUUUGCAAAACUUAGUAUUGUUAACAAGAUAGACGAGCUUAAGAAGAAGUUAAAGUCACUGGAAGAGAACCGCUGUAUGUUGGGGUUCAAUUUGCAUAAUGACGCAACCAUUGAGAACGUGAUAGCGAAGAGGGAAACAGUAGCAUGUUUGGACGAUGGAUUCAUUGCCAUUGGACGAUCAGGAGAGAAUGAUGAGAUAAUAAGGCUUCUAUUAGGGUCUGAAGAAAACCUGUCUAUUAUUUGUAUUGUUGGACUUGGAGGCAUAGGUAAGACCACUUUAGCGAAAUUGGUCUUCAAUGACAGCAGAAUGCAAGAUUUUGACAGGAAGGCAUGGAUCCAUGUCUCCCAAAGGUUUGAUUUGGGAAGAAUAGGAAAAGCUAUUAUAUCACAAUUUGAAGGUACUGCUGCUACCUUUGAUAAUCUGCAGUCUCUGUAUAAUCAUAUAGAAAACCUUUGUAGCGGCAAAAGGUGCUUAGUUGUGUUGGAUGACCUGUGGGAGAGUAACAUUGAGAUGUUGCGCAAACUGAAACUGUUGCUAAGAUGUGGAAAGAAUGGGAGUUUGGUUAAGGUCAUUGUGACAACACGUAAUGAAGAAAUUUCUCAGGAAAUGUCGACGUUUGGCUCAUAUAAAUUGGGACCUUUGUCCGAUGAUAGCUGCUGGACUAUAUUCAGACAAGUUGCUUUCCAACAGACAUAUGAAGAAAAUUUGCAUGCACUAGAGGCCGUUGGAAGGGACAUUGCUAAAAAAUGCAAAGGUUUACCCUUGGCAGCUCAUGCUGUUGGAUCCAUGCUUCGCAAUAGAACUGUUGAUUUCUGGAAAGCUACUAGAGAUAACAAUGCUUGGGAUCAAUACUCAUCUCAAGAAGAUGUCUUGCCAUCAUUGAGGUUGAGUUAUGACCAUAUGCCAUCUUAUUUAAAACCAUGCUUUGCCUACUGUGCCGUCUUCCAAAAAGGUUCCGCCAUAGACAAGAACAAAUUAAUUCAACAAUGGAUUGCUCUUGGCUUUAUUAAGCCAUCCCUACCAGAUUUGUCUUACAGAGUUCAGGCUGAGGAAUAUUUGAGAGAGAUUUUGGCAACAUCUCUUCUUCAAAAGUUAGCAUCUUCCUUGGUUACUCAUGUGUAUGCCAAAACUUCACAACAUUUCAUCAUGCAUGACUUAGUGCAUGACUUGGCACGAUCAGUUGCUGGUGAUGAAACACUUUUUCUUGAUUGUACAAAGCCAAACAACAUACUCACCGACAGCUGCCAUCAUGUUGUUGUGGUGAGAUAUGAUAAAAGGCUUUCCAAGUCCUUGCCAGCUCAAGUAAGGUCACUACAUUUCAGAGACUCUGGUGGAAUGUGGAAGAAAACUCCCUGCCUCCCUGUCCCUGGUGAUGCAUUCUCAUCAACGAAAAACUUAAAUGUCUUGGAUAUAACGGGAUGUGAUUUGAGGAAGUUGUCAGAUCCAAUUCGUCAGUUAGCCCAUUUGAGGUACCUUGAUGCUUCACUAUUGUCUGACAAAGAUCUUCCCAUGUGGAUUACUAGUCUCCUGAAAGUACACUAUUUGAGCAUCCAUGGUUCUUCUAAAAUUUCGAAGUUGCCUGAGUCAAUCAGCAAGCUCAAAGAAUUGACACAUCUGGACUUAUCAUGUUGUGGAAACCUUGCCUACUUACCAGAUAGUUUCUCCAACCUUACAAAUCUCUCUUUAUUGAACCUAGCAGAUUGUACUAGCCUUUCUGCAUUACCUAAUUCCAUAUGUGACCUUGUGAAUUUAGAGAUCCUAAAUCUUUCAGGUUGUGUCCUGGAAGAAUUACCUCAAAUUAUGGGAAAUCUGCACAAGCUACGGCUACUGCACCUAUCCAGAUGUUCAAAGCUUCGCUUGUUGCCUGAUUCCAUCAGUAAUCUUGUGUCCUUAGACAAGUUAGACCUCUCGUAUUGUUCUGUUCUGCAAGAGCUACCAAAAUCCUUUGGCGACCUUGAGGAACUAAGGUUUUUGGAAUUAUCACACUGUUCAAGUCUUGUAAGAUUACCUAAUUCAGUUGGUAAUCUCAAAAAAUUGCAGCAUCUGAACUUAGAAGGCUUCAUGUGUUCCACAUCCUUGCACCCCAGCGACCUAAUCUCCUACUUUAACAUGCUAUUUCGAGUCGUAUGUAAACUAUCCAACCUUGAAUACUUAAACUUGUCAGCAUGUCCUGUUUCUACUCUUGCUGAAUCUCUUGGCAAUCUCAAAAUGCUCCGCACAUUAGACAUCUCGCGUUGCAUUUCUCUAAGAAAAUUACCUCAAACCAUUCUCAAGUUACCAAAUCUUGAGUCUUUAGUUGUGAGAGGCUGCUUUCCACGCAUUGAAGAGCAAAUCAAGGAAUCAUCAUUGGCCAAUGGUUUGCUGUCACUGCCAAAAUUUUUCGUAUGUACCAUGCCUGGUGGUUUGUCUAGCAACAUCGUGCAACUUGAGGGAGUAAAUCCUGGAGAGCUUGAGAUAAAAUUUCUUGAAAAUGUCGCAAGUUUAGAAGAAGUGAAGAAAGUUAACUUGGCAUUUAAGUCAAGGCUCUCCAAAUUGUUUCUAUCUUGGACUGGCAGUGUUAACGACCAUCUUUUGGAUGACGAAUCUUUGCUCGGGGAGCUUGUACCCCCAACCACUUUGGAGCAGUUUAUUCUCCAAGGCUACAUGGGUAUCAGACUUCCUAGUUGGACUGGCUCUGCUACAUAUCUUUUAAAUCUUUCCCGAAUUGAGCUGCUAAAUUUGCCAAGAUGCACACAGCUACCAUCACUUGGUCAGUUGCCUAACUUACAAGAAUUGUCCCUCCGAGCACUGCAAAACAUCAAUAAGUUAGAUGAGGAUUUCUGCGGUGGCAGUCCAGCAUUUUCGAAGUUAACAAAAUUUACUCUGCAGGACAUGAACAAUCUAGAAAUAUGGAACACUACAGUAUCAAUACCCCAUGAUGAUGCUAGGGGAAACUUCAUGUUUCCCAACCUUCACAAGUUGCUGAUACAUGGAUGCAACAAGCUGAGGGUGAAACCAUGCCCACCUGAUACCGUGGAAUGGGUCAUAGAGGCUACUGACUUAAUUGUAUCAUCAUGGAAUGUGGGAGGGCGUGCGAGGAUUUGUUUCGGUCCAGCCGUAACUUGUUUGGAGAUCUCAGAUUGCCAUGUUCAUCCUGACGAUUGGAGGUUGCUCAACUAUCUACCCGACCUUCGCAAGCUGAGGAUCCGCAUGUGCAAUAAGUUGACAAGCUUACCGGCAAGUGCUGAAGGCCUCACCUCCCUUCAUUCUCUACUUGUUUUUGCAUGCCAUGGAUUGACAGAACUGCCGGAAUGGCUAGGCAGCCUCACCUCACUCCAAGAACUGGUAAUCAACUACUGCCCGAAGCUCAAGUCCUUUCAGCAGAGCAUGAGGCACCUUGCCUCCCUCAGAUUGCUGCACCUAGGUCACUGUGACGGCAUGUCGGAGCUGCCAGAGUGGUUGGGUGACCUCAUUUCUCUUCAGAGACUUGACAUCUGGGGAUGCCAGAAAAUCAAGAGUUUGCCACAGUGCGUGAAGCACCUCGCGAUGCUGAAGGAGGUACAAAUCAAGCAUAACCCUGAAUUGAAGCAAUGGUGUGAAUUCUUUUUAGAAGGAAAAGAAAUAGUCUGAUUCAAAUGGCAGCCAAACAAACUCACGAUUUGUACCUAUGGUCUUCAGGGCUGUCAAUAAAGAAACUCACGAUAUCUUCAGGGCUGUUGCCUAUGGUCUCGCUGCCAAUAAAGAGACUCACGAUAUCUUCAGGGCUGUUACCUGACCUGCUGCAUUGACUGUCUACACUGACACUGAUCGGGCCGGUUGCCCUGUUACCUGGAAGUCCACGUCUGGUUAUGCGAUAUGCGAUCUUCUUCAUGGAUAGUCUCAUUUCUUUGUUGUCCAAACCACAAGAGCAUCGUGUCCAGGUCCAGAGCUGAGGCUGAGUACAGACCCCUCUAGCGUGCCACUGCCACCGUUGUUCGUCAGCACAGUCUACCAACUCAAGGAUAGUUUAAUUGCCUUGGGGGCUCUAUUAGUUGUAUACAUUUGUAAUAUUUAAUCAAUAUAAGGUCUGAUUUAGUUUCCAUUUUUUUAAGAUUUCUUGUUACAUGGAAUCUUGCAGCAUAUACAUGAAGCAUUAAAUAUAAAUAAAAAAAUAA